CAAUGAUCGGCAAGCAAUUAUCCACAAGCAGUCAAUUGGAUUCCCGACGACAGGAAGGAGAAGUGAAGAAAGUGUUGAGAACUCUCUUAUAUUCCUCAGAUUUUCAAUCUUCUAAACUCUCAAAAAUCUCUUCCUUCGACAUGUUUCUUCUUCUUUUCCACUCGAAAAAACCCAGAUGUUUCCUCUUUCUCCCUCACGUCCGAGUCCUCUUUUAUAGCCGAAAUCCACCAUCAUCAUGCGCUAAGGAUCUUCAAUUGAUCCUCCUUGUCUCGCCGUUCUUGGAGGGAUAUAUGACCCCUGAAAAAUCCUACAUUUUCCUCCUUUUUCAGCCCCAUAAUUCCCCAUUCUCAUCUCUUUUUCUGCUACCCAAAAAGCCUAUGACUUCUUUCCUUUUUAGUUGGAUUGGGUAUUUAAAAUUGGAUUUUCUGGCUCAGGCUUGUUUUAAAAGAAGAAUAAGUCGGCUUUGUCUUUUAGGCUUUAAUAAUGGAAAAAAAAUGGAGGCUUUAACAACGGCGUCGUUUCAUCUCAACUGGAAUUUGAAACGAGACUCGAAGCCUGAUACUCCUAUCAUCUGCCUCUCUCGCCAGGAUUCACUGUAACUCGGGAAACCCAUAGAUGGGUUCUCUGUAUAGAGCCUCAAAAGCCCUAAAAUCGCAAAACCAUGGAUUUUCUCUGCUCUACAAUUCAUCCAGAUUUUGGCCACUAUCUUCUAUAUUGAGACAAACUUCACACCCUACUUGCUUAAACAACCAACCGGGACUAAACCACCCGUUUUGCAGUCGUCCCCGCCAAAACAACAAAGAAACUACAAUAGAUUUGAGCCAAUACCCACCUGAAAAGAUUAGAAAUUUCUCGAUAAUUGCACAUGUUGAUCACGGAAAGUCCACAUUAGCUGAUCGGCUUUUGGAGCUCACUGGUACUAUCAAGAAGGGCCAUGGUCAGCCUCAGUACCUUGACAAAUUACAGGUAGAAAGAGAAAGGGGGAUCACUGUCAAAGCUCAAACAGCGACCAUGUUCCACAAACACAAGUUCCAAGGAUGUGGAACUAAUUGUGACCUCGAACCUUCAGGUUUCCUAUUGAAUCUAAUUGACACACCUGGUCAUGUGGAUUUCAGCUAUGAAGUAUCAAGAUCUCUGGCAGCUUGUCAAGGUGCCCUUUUGGUUGUUGAUGCUGCCCAGGGAGUUCAGGCACAGACAGUUGCUAACUUCUAUUUGGCCUUUGAAUCUAACUUGACAAUAAUACCUGUCAUAAACAAAAUUGAUCAGCCUACUGCUGAUCCUGACCGUGUUAAGGCUCAGUUAAAGUCAAUGUUUGAUCUUCAGCCAAGUGAUACCCUUUUAACAUCUGCUAAAACUGGUCAGGGUCUUGAGCAAGUCCUUCCUGCUGUCAUAGAGAGGAUACCUCCCCCUCCUGGGAUCAUUAGCUCACCAUUGCGUAUGCUUUUGUUGGAUUCUUACUAUGAUGAAUACAAAGGAGUAAUCUGCCAUGUUGCAGUUGUUGACGGUGCACUUCACAAAGGGGACAAGAUUUCAUCUGCUGCAACUGGUUUCAAGCCAGCUAAACAUAUGGUGUUCUCUGGUCUUUCUGCUGAUGGGUCUGAUUUUGAUGCACUUAAUCAUGCAAUGGAGAGACUGACAUGCAAUGAUGCCAGUGUUUCUGUUACUAAAGAGAGUAGCACAGCACUUGGACUAGGGUUCAGGUGUGGUUUUCUAGGCUUACUUCAUAUGGAUGUUUUUCAUCAGCGGCUAGAACAGGAGUAUGGGGCUCAUGUUAUUUCCACCAUUCCAACUGUCCCAUAUAUAUUUGAGUACUCUGAUGGAAGCAAAGAGCACGUACAAAAUCCUGCAGCAUUGCCCUCAAAUCCCAAGAAACGAGUUACAGCCUCUUGGGAGCCUACAGUACUAGCAACAAUUAUCAUUCCUAGUGAAUAUGUCGGGCCUGUCAUUACCCUAUGCUCUGAGCGGAGAGGGCAGCAGUUGGAGUACUCAUUCAUUGAUAGCCAGAGAGCCUUUAUGAAGUACCGACUACCUUUGAAGGAAAUUGUUGUUGACUUUUACAAUGAAUUAAAGAGUAUAACAUCAGGAUAUGCCUCAUUUGAUUACGAAGACUCAGAUUAUCAACAGUCUGAUUUGGUGAAACUUGAUAUCCUCUUAAAUGGACAACCAGUUGAUGCAAUGGCAACUAUUGUUCACAAUCAGAAAGCUCAGCGUGUUGGUCGUGAACUGGUGGAGAAGCUGAAGAAAUUCAUAGACAGGCAAAUGUUUGAGAUAACCAUACAAGCUGCAAUUGGAUCAAAGAUUAUUGCAAGAGAGACGCUAUCGGCAAUGAGAAAGAAUGUUCUUGCAAAGUGUUAUGGUGGGGAUGUUACCAGGAAAAGGAAGCUUUUGGAAAAACAAAAAGAAGGGAAGAAACGGAUGAAGCGUAUUGGUUCUGUAGACAUACCUCAAGAAGCUUUUCAUGAACUACUGAAGGUUUCAUAGGGUAAGGUGUCUCAGAAUCUGAAUCAAAGUGUUUUUGUCAUGACGGUAGUAAGGGGAUGAGGUAGCCAUGGAUUAAGUGGGACAAGGUAGCUGAGAAUCCAUAUGUACAGUUACUUCUUGAGGGCCCCAUGUGGUGCUUCAGAAUUUUGCAACUCUGUCAUGAAGUAAAAAUCAGAGGAAACUAAGCAGCUCAGCUGAGUUAGUUACGUCCUCCCCAUUUUAGUAUAGAGCCGGAGGGUCUGACUCCUAACAACGGAUUUUGGACUAAUAAAAAAAAAAAAGCUACUGAAUAGUUGCUGAAUUUGGAUGUAAGUUAUCCAGGAUAGCUGGAAAUGGAGGCUUUUGAAAUUCAUUGGAAGAAGCAAAUAAAAAUGUGUUGCUUGUUGGUAUUUGUAAGGUGAGAAAGCUCUCCGGCGGAAAUGUUCUUAAAAAAGUUAUGCAUACUGAUGAUUAUGAUGCAACUCUGACAAGUAGAAUUUUUGCUGUUAGCCAUUUUGUCAUUAUAGUUAAAUUUAUAACUUCCAUUUGCCAA